UGUUCCUCCUGAUGUCCAUCUGCAUUUCUCAUUCAAACCCCCUUCUCUCUUCCCAACCCACGCAAGAAGUUAGUCUUUGCUCUCAAAGUACAAUUCCACAGCGUUUGUUAUUGUGCUCUUUCUUGUUUGGUUGUUGCCGUGGAUCAUCGCUUUGUCUUUGUUGCCUUCGGCCGCCGCCAUCGGCUGUAUCGGAUUUAAUGUCACGUCGUGGUUUGGGGAAGAAGCUUCUUCCUGCCAAGAAGGCGUGGAAGGCGAUCACCGACAAUCUCCGCUCGAGGCUGAACAAGCUCAAGAACUCCAGGUUCAUCGAAGAAGCCUCGCACCGCUUGCUCUCCUCGCGAUUCACGCAGUAUCUCCUCUCCUUGACCUUCAGAGGGCGUCGCUGUCUUGCCAGGACUAGUCCUUACAGGGCUCGCCAUCAUCUUCAUCGCAAUUACCGCCACUACAAGUAUCAGUGUCACGAUACUUAUGAGAAGAACUUCGCGCCUAUAUUCAUAGAUGUGCUCUUCGACGAGCCCUUGUCUGCAAGCUCCUCCAAGACUACCGCAUGUGCGAAAGGAGAAACCAGCAGGCCAAGCACUGAGGUUGAAGGAGGAAGGGAGAGAGAGUGCGACAUGGACGAACGGUGGAGGGCCAUCGUCGCUAUGUCGCCGCAGCUGCGCUUGGACGAGAGAGCGGAGGAGUUCAUCUCCAAGUUCAAGGAGGACAUGAAACUCCAGAGGGAAAGGUCUGAUUCUGAAUUCCAGGAGAGGUUGAAACGCAGCGCAUAGUAUCAGAUUUCCUGAGUGCUUCUUCUUCUUUUUUUCCCCCCUUGCUCUUUUCCGUUCGUUCGAUUGAGAUUUGAGUCAUUUUGAUCUUUCUCUUCCCAGAAGAACUGGUGGUUCUAUUACUUUUAUGGGUUGUCUAGGAAUGUUUGGGUUUUGUUUCUGGAUGUAACAUUCUAUAUGGCUUUUGUCAAGAGGACAGAGAUUGUUAAGAAAAGGUUCGAAUUUAUAUA